CAGGUCCUAUACUGCGACCCAUCUUCAAUAUCGUUCUCUUCAUCCCUGGAGUCAUCCGACCUGCCCAAAGUAUCUUCGGAACGGAUGCUUGAUGCACUGAAGCACGCUGCGCACCGUUUAGUAGACCUUGAAGAUGUCGUCGCGUUUCCGACAGAAACUGUGUACGGACUUGGCGCAAACGUGCUUUCAUCAACUGCCGUAUCGCGCAUCUUCUCCACGAAAGGUCGACCGCCGGACAACCCGCUCAUCAUGCACAUCUCUUCACUCCCGAUGCUUCGCCGACUCCUUCCGCAAGAUUAUAAACUUCCACCCGUUUAUCAGGCUCUGGUGAAGGCUUUCUGGCCCGGUCCACUAACUCUGCUGUUCCCGGCGGAUCCCAAAAUUGUUCCGUCGGCAGUAACUGCGGGUCACCCCAGCGUAGCAGUCCGCAUGCCUUCACAUCCCGUCGCUCGGGCAGUUGUGGCGUUGGCAGGAGUCCCACUCGCAGCGCCCAGUGCAAACGUUUCCGGAAAGCCGAGUGCAACGCGUGCAGAACAUGUUAUAAAUGACCUGGGUGCUACCAGUCGACUUCGACUCGUACUGGAUGGUGGAGCCUGUCCUAUUGGAGUAGAAAGCACCGUUGUUAACGGACUCGGAGAUGACGGGAAUUUGCGUGUGUUGAGACCUGGUGGUGUCACUGUUGAAGACUUAGAACGUGUUGUAGAGAGUAUGAAUUUGCCGAGCUGGAAGCGACCAAAGGUCCUGGUUCACCGACGUGAUUACGAGGAUAAGGAGAUGGAGAACGCACCUACUACCCCAGGGAUGAAAUAUAGACAUUAUUCUCCAUCUGUCCCAGUCGCACUACUUAUGACCAUCUCGAAACCUCCAAAUUCCGACCUAACCAUACCCUACUCUUCCGCACUCGCCUCUCUCAUCGAAUCACGACAAAAUAAUCACCACUCCGGUCCACUCAAAGUCGGCUUACUUGCGCCUUCGGAUUCACCUCUCCUGCGGCACAAGCCUCAUUCCGCAGAUUGUUUCACGAUCGAAAAUUUCCUUCUUGGCUCGAGGUCGGACCCAUCCGUGAUGCUCGUUUUUGGCAUAGGCGGAUUUUAAACACAGGAGCUGUGACUGCUUAUAGUCCAGUUUCAUAAAGCACUAUCGGUCUGGCGGUCAUUUAGGCUAGUUGUGUUGUGCCACCUCACCCACCACCCACCACCUACCUCAAACCGACCACCACCGUUAGGAAUCCGAAAUGCAGGACUGCGACCUGUUCAACGCUCCUGGUGCAGAUGUUGUGCUCCAGACAUGCGAUGGAGUCCGCUUUGACGUGUAUCAUCGAAUACUAGCAGAGGCGUCUCUGUUCUUCAAGGAUGUUCUCUUUACCACAGUCUGGGAAGGAAGAAGGUGGCACUGUACCUGUUGUUGAAGUUUCCGAGACGGCUGAAGUCAUGGGCACGUUACUGAAGCUCGUGUACCCCGGAGUGGGCCCAGAAAUAAAGACUCGACGAAGUUUCGAUGGUAUUGGGCGCCGCAAUGAAGUACGAUAUGUUGAGAGCUGUUGAAACUCUACGUCGCCUCUUAAUUUCGCCUUCCUUUGUUGAGAAAGAGCCGACACGCGUAUACGCGAUUGCAUGUCGUUACGACCUCGAACCCGAAGCACGCGUCGCAUCCUCUUAUACACUUCGUAUCAACGUACUCGACGGUCCACUCUCGGAAGAUCUCUAAUAUAUAACCGCAUGGUCAUACCACCGAUUACUCGACCUUCACAGACGACGUGCAAAUGCAGCGUUACGUGUACUUGAGUCUGCAGAACUUGAGGAUGUGAAAUGUAUGCAGUGCAACCCAGCGCAUUAUGGUAGCUUGAGUCCGCCUCGUUGGUGGACGGAGUUUGUCGGAAAAGCGAAGGAGGAAUUACGCGCAAGGCCGACGACGGAUGUAGUAUUUUCGAUGGCGUUUCUCGCAGCAUCAGGUCGGACGGGCUGUCAACGUUGUUCAGGAUAUUGGAGUCGUAUGCGUUCCUUGAGGGGCUGAAGAAGCGCAUUGACGAGCUUCCCGCGAUGAUUUAGACACAUUCUUUUCGUUCUUGGGUCUAGUGUAUGACAUCGGCCAUCUCGACGAACCUGCAAUGAUCGAUUUCAUGACUACACGAUAGAACUUCUAUCUUUCCCUUUAAUAUUGGUUUAUGUAGCAUCUGGUGCACUGUAUUCGGAUCGUUCCGCGGCCUUUUGUAUAGUUUAUCCAAUAAUAGAAGUUGUUUA